UGCUUGGGCAUUGCCCAAAUGAAAGGAACCAUUUUCAGAGCUCCCAGAGUGUUAAGGAGGCUGGAAGCCAGAAUGUGUGAGGAAUGGGCCAAGGAGCUGAGUAUGUUUCUGUUGCAGAAAAAAAGGCUCAGGGGAGACGGAUCUACAAAGAUCUAAAAGGCUAAAAGCACACAGAGUGGCUUGAGUGAGGGUCUUCUCUAUUGAGACCGAAGAAAGGAGGAGAACUAGCUGAAAUUAAAAGAAAGAUUGACUGCUGAAUAAUUAGGAAGAAGUUGCUGUCGGGGAUUGAAAAUGUGCCAACAACAAUGCUAGGUUUACAAUGGGAAGUGUCACACUUCGCUAUUUUUGCUAUGGCUGUCUCUUUACCUCGGUAACCUGGACAGUUCUGCUGUUCAUUUAUUUUAAUUUCAGUGAAGAGGCCCAAUCUUUUAAAAAUGUGCCCAUCAAGGGGCUUGAACCUCAGAAGCCCUUCUCCAAAAGAUUCUAUCCCCAGCUUGUGAACGGACCAGGACGAAUGCAGGAAUCUAAGCCCAGAUAUGGCAAGAUCAGGAAUCCCUUGGGAAAUGCUGUGCAGGAUCUCCUCAGGAGUGAUACAGAGUUUUCCCCUGAAAUGGGUAUGAUUUUCAAUGAACAGGAUCAGGAAGUGAGAGAUUUGGGCUACCAGAAGCAUGCUUUUAAUGUGCUCAUCAGUAACCGAUUGGGAUAUCACAGAGAUGUGCCAGAUACGAGGGACAGAAAGUGUAAAGAAAAAAUAUAUCCUCAUGAUCUUCCUUCUGCCAGUGUUAUAAUUUGCUUCUAUAAUGAAGCUUUCUCGGCCUUGCUUCGGACUGUUCAUAGCGUUCUGGAUCGAACACCAUCUCGUCUUCUCCAUGAAAUCAUUUUGGUGGAUGAUAGAAGUGAAUUAGCUGAUUUAAAAGAAGACUUGGACAUAUAUUUAACAAAAAAUCUUCCAAAUAAAGUGAAACUAGUAAGAAAUGAAAAGCGUGAAGGGCUAAUUCGAGGGAGAAUGGUUGGAGCUUCCCAUGCUACAGGAAAGGUGCUUGUGUUUCUGGACAGCCAUUGUGAAGUGAACGAGAUGUGGUUGCAGCCGUUGCUGACACCCAUCCAGGAAUCCCGCAGGGCAGUUGUUUGUCCUGUGAUUGAUAUCAUCAGUGCGGACACGCUGACCUACAGCUCUUCCCCUGUUGUCCGCGGAGGGUUCAACUGGGGCCUUCACUUUAAAUGGGAUCUCGUUCCUUUGUCAGAGUUGGAAGGACCCGAACAAGCCAUCGCCCCCAUCAGAUCCCCCACAAUGGCAGGAGGCUUGUUUGCAAUGGACAGAGAAUAUUUCAAUGCGCUUGGACAGUAUGACAGCGGCAUGGACAUCUGGGGAGGGGAAAAUCUGGAAAUAUCAUUUCGGAUUUGGAUGUGUGGAGGCAAACUUCUCAUCAUCCCUUGCUCCAGAGUAGGGCACAUCUUCCGUAAAAGGCGUCCCUAUGGGUCUCCAGGAGGGCAGGACACAAUGGCACAUAAUUCUCUACGCCUCGCACAUGUGUGGAUGGAUGAAUAUAAGGAACAGUAUUUUGCCUUGCGUCCAGAGCUACGAACAAGGAACUAUGGGAAUAUUACUGACCGUGUGGAAUUAAGAAAAAAAUUGAACUGCAAGUCAUUCAAAUGGUAUUUAGACAAUGUGUAUCCAGAGAUGCAAAUCUCUGGGCCCAAUGCCAAGGUUCAGCCUCCGGUCUUUUUCAAUAAAGGACAGAAAAGGCCAAAAAUACUGCAACAAGGAAGGUUGCAUCACCUUCACACUAAUAAAUGUCUGGCGGCGCAAAGCCACCCGAGUCAAAAAGGAGGACUUGUGGUGGUCAGGGAAUGUGACUACAGUAAUAAAAAUCAGGUAUGGAUAUAUAACGAGGAUCAUGAAUUAAUCUUAAAUAACCUCUUGUGUUUGGAUGUAUCUGAAACGCGCACGUCCGAUCCACCACGCCUUAUGAAAUGUCAUGGCUCCGGAGGAUCUCAGCAGUGGCUACUUGGGAAAAACAAUAGGCUGUAUCAAGUAUCUGUUGGGCAGUGCAUGAAGAUGGUUGAUCCACUUAAUCUCAAAGGCUACGUCACCAUGGCCAUAUGCGAUGGCUCCUCCCUUCAGCAGUGGCGCUUGGAGAAUUGAGUACCGCCUCAAGGAAUGCCCACUUGUGCAGGGACUCUUAGCUUUCUGCAUUAUUUUCUGAGGCUGGCAAUCCUUGCUGCUAUUUCUAUCCCUGAACACUUAAAGGAAACUAUUUUAAUGAAGGUCAGAAAUCACAGUGCACGGCAAUCUUCAAGUUGGAGCAGAAGUGGUUGCAUUUCUUGCCCCUUCUUUCUGCAGGAGUAGAAGUGCGAUGACAUUCCUCGGAGUCCAACCGUGUAGAGAAAUAUUUUAAAUGAUAAUUAGGGCAAUGUAAUUUAAUUAGUGAAUGCAUCUAAUGAAGCCGGCCUACAUGGUCUGUCAGAAAACUACCGUGUUUUGCCAGUAUUUUUUGCAGAAGUAUUAUGGUACUUUUUCCAUUUGAAUUUAUGGCUGGGAUUCUGGAGAAAAUUACAUUUUAACUCUUGUCUUUUUUGUAAAUAAUUUUAUUAAUUUUAAUCUAAUAAAAUGUCCAUCUCAAUGUCCUAUAAUAUUUGAACCAGUUCAGGGUCCCAUUUUAAUGAUUCCGAAGACCAAGUAGCACUUGCCUGCUUCAAUGCAGCUCCAGUGCUGUACCCCCCCAUCCCCUCAGGCUCCCUUAUGUGCCAGGAAGCCCAUACGGGGCGACUAUGAGAUUUGCAGCAUCAAAACAGUCUGGAUUUUGAUUCCCAGAAUUCCUCACCUGGCAUGUUGCCUGGGAAGUUCUGGGAGUUGAAAUGCAGAUAUCUCAAACUUAAGGUUGAGAAAUUCUGCAUGAGAGAAUGAUUGACAAAUGAGGGGCAAAGGGCAGGUGGCAUAACUUUUCUGUUCUUCCAAAGCAAUUUGAAAUGCCACAGUACGCGACAGCAUUUUUAAAAAGUUUACAGGUAAUAUGUGACUAUAAUAGACACUGCCCAUUACGGUUGCAUGUCGUAUACAACCUUUUGCAGCAAUUGUUAGGCAAACCAAUGGUUCUCUCUCGAGACACCUUUUGCUGAACAUUGGAUGUAAAUGUCAGUUUUUGGCAAAACCAUUGUAAAACACAGUCAAUGAUUGUGGGAUGCUGCAGCUGGCCAUAAAUGGAGCUAUUUUGAAAAGUGCCCAAAUUUUGGUUAGGUGACUGUGGAGGGACAAGGCUCCAUCAUCAGAAUUUUAAAUCCAGGUCAUAAAAAAAUCCCCAUUUGGAUCAGUUAUAACUUCAGAUGGCAGCUAAGCGAUGACCCUAAUUUGUUACUUGAUUUUUAUCAUAUUCAGUUCUACCCCAUUUGUUCGGGAAGAGGUUAAAAAAACCAGAUCAUUUUACAAGUUAUUGAUACACACAAAUAUUUGUGAGAAGCUUGAAUUUGAUAAUGGAUUGAAAACUUCCAUUGGGAAACCUGGUCCUUAAUUUAUGCAGUGCAGUUUAAAGUCCACAUUAAGGAUUGCGAAUGGGAUUAGAUUCUAGUUAAGGUUUUGAUAUUCCUUUUUAAAAUCAGGCAGCACAUAAAAAGUAUGUCUAGAAAAAUGUUUUAUGAUUUAUCUUUUGCAAUAUCAUGGAGAGAGAAAAAUAUCCAUUUUUAUGUAUUUUGUAUUGCAUUUUUUAUUAUUAACACUAGGUGUUUUUGACACUCAUAUUAGCAACUGUCCUUUUGGUUUCUAUUGUACAUUAAAUGCUUGGUUACCUUAUGCCAUUUAUGAUUUUUUAACUUUUGUAACAGUACCUUUUAUUUUAAUUCAGUGAAACCAGCCAGUCUGUUAGUAGUAGAAAGCUCUUCCUAGUCCAGGAGGUUACCUAAUUAAGUGUGCAGAAUCAACUGUGCUCUGUUCAUAAGAUAUAAUCAAAAGCUUUGUGGGGGAGAAAGAGAGGGCUUACAAUAGUUUUAAAUAGGCUUUUUUUAAAAAAUCCAAAAAUAAAGGAGGUUCUAUAACUGAUAAGGAUGUCCAAAAUGGAAAAAACUAGAACUACUAGCAUGAUCAUUUAUUAAAUAAUAUAAGUUCUGCUAUGCAUAAAACAUAAUCUGCACAAUUAUGUUUUCUAUACUUUUUAUAUUACAUAUGCAUCUGUUUUUGUAGAAUUGGGAUUUGGGUACAGCAUUGAGCUAUCUAAGGUAUCUUCUUGAUGGCAAAAACAGCCUCUUUGGUGUAUCCCUGGAGAUAAUAUAUUCAGGAUGUGCUGCAUCCUGACAUAAAGGAAAAUAUUAAAAUAUUUAUAGAUGUAAAAUAUUUUAUUUGUAAAUGCCAAUUUUCUAAAUUUGUUUCCACAAAUUUCAAAGCCCAUAACACUCUGUAUACUUCAAAAAAUCAUUUUUGCCAACAUUAGAUAACUAUUAUACAGAACAGAAUAAAAACCUGUAAGACAAAUACUGGUAGGAUGUUGGAAUAUUGUACAAGAGAAGAAAAAUAUUCAAGAAACAAAUUUCAUACAGCUAUUAUCAAGAGAAAAAUAUAUACAAUGAUUUAUUCUGUAAGAUAAAAAUACAUCAUGCCAUAUACAUUACAAGUUCAGACCUGUAUCACUGAAUAUACUACCAGUUUUACAGUCCACUUUAGCUGUGCACACAAAAAAACUUCAUUUUUUUAAUAUUUAGACUGUGAAGUGUCAGUACCAGAAUUAAAAGUACAAAAUAAAAAAGCUAACCUGGUUCAAAAUGUUGAUUAGGGUUCUACAAGCAAACACAAACAGUGUUUAUUUUUUUAAAAGAAAUGUAAACAAAAACAAUUCAUACAAACACAUUUUAAAUUACUUUUUUUUCCUCAAAAUCCUAUUGGCAGAGUCCUGCAGCUGAAAGCACAAUUCCUAUAAUUUUUUUCCUUGAUUUUACUUUU